GCCCGCAGAAGCGGGGAGCCGCGCAGGAGGACGGAGCGCCAGCAGCGAGCCGCGCCGCGCCGAUCUGAAUUUUAUCCACUGUAAUCAGCACUGCUCACCUAAGAAUUUCUGGAUCCAGACCAAGGGCUCCAGCAUUUACAGGAUUCUGCAGCAAGAAGGAUAUUGUGACUUAGGAUUCCCUGGUGGAAGACAACCACACACUCUGGUCUUACCCCAACGAUGCAAGUGUGACUGCUGGCAUCUUCAUGAGCUCCAGAGGUCACAGCACACUACCACGGACUCUCAUGGCUCCUCGGAUGAUUUCCGAGGGAGAUGUAGGAGGCAUUGCUCAAAUCACCUCCUCUCUCUUCCUGGGCAGAGGCAGUGUGGCCUCCAACCGGCACCUCCUCCAGGCUCGUGGCAUCACCUGCAUUGUUAAUGCUACCAUUGAGAUCCCCAAUUUCAACUGGCCCCAAUUUGAAUACGUCAAAGUGCCUCUGGCUGACAUGCCUCAUGCCCCCAUCGGACUGUACUUUGACACUGUGGCUGACAAGAUCCACAGUGUGAGCAGGAAGCAUGGGGCUACCUUGGUGCACUGUGCUGCAGGGGUGAGCCGCUCGGCCACUCUCUGCAUUGCCUACCUGAUGAAGUUCCACAACGUGUGCCUGCUGGAGGCGUACAACUGGGUGAAAGCCCGGAGGCCUGUUAUACGGCCCAACGUGGGCUUCUGGAGGCAGCUGAUAGACUACGAGCGACAGCUCUUUGGGAAGUCUACAGUUAAGAUGGUACAGACACCUUACGGCAUAGUUCCAGAUGUUUACGAGAAAGAGUCCCGACACCUGAUGCCUUACUGGGGGAUUUAAUGCCACCAAAGCCUGCAUCGGCAGCCCCCGAGCAGUACCAGCGUCUGCUACACACUGUCUGCUCCCCUCUUCAUCUUUCUUUUCAAAUUGUUGACUUUUGGUUCCCCCUUAAAAGAAUUUUUAAAUUGGGUGUGAAGUUUAUUUUAAGAGAGAGGGAGGGGACAUAGGGGAAUGCAUUUGUUGCUAGUAACAUUUUUAAAACUAGCAUUUUGAAAUAGUGUUUAUGAAAAUCUUUAACUGGCUUUUAAUCAUUUUUAACAAUUUGAACAGUUUAAUAAGCUGUUUGGUUCUGCUUUUGGCACCGUGGCAGGUGCAGGAACAACUCAGUGCAAACAUCACUGUGGGUCCUGACCAACCCUUUAAACAGGCUUUGCCCAUGGCUGCCCACCAAACAGAUGCUUAGAGAAGACUGAUACCAGCUUCAGUCUCUACUGGAUUAGCUCUCUUUCCUUUCUCAUUAUUUAGUGACUCUGUAAGUUAAAAUAACACUAACCUUUAUUAUUUAGUUGAUAACUACAAUGAAAUCUGCUGCAAAAACCCUCUUGAAAUCAAUGUGCCCAGGAUUAUAUUAGCAUUAUUUUUAAUAAAUAUAUCUGCUUAACAGAA